AUGGCUCCUUAUGAGACCUUAUAUAAGAGGUGGUGUCGUUCUCUGGUUGGUUGGUUUGAUCCUAGAGAAGCUAGGUUGUCGGGCACUGAUUUGGUCUGUGAUGCUUUGAAUAAGGUAAAUUUGAUUCAUGAGCGACUUCAUACAACACAGUCUAGGCAGAAGAGUUAUGCUGACAAUAAGGCUCGUGAUGCGUAUUACGGGGAUCUGUCACACGUGUUGGACAUCAGCACGGUGCAGUUGGAUGAGGAUUUGACUUAUGAUGUGGAGCCAGUGUCUAUUUUGGACCGGCAGAUUCAAAAGUUGAGGUCGAAGAAAAUUGUAUCGGUGAAGGUUCAUUGGAGAGGUCAGCCGAUAGAGGAGAACUGUAGCUGUAGAUGCAAGUCCACAUAUGUAGCACGGGAGCCGCAAAAGCGAGCUGGGCUGUUGGUUAGGAGAAAUCCGCAGAUGCAAAAUUUUGGUCGCAGAAGCGGUCCUGCAGAUGCGGAUGAGGGACCCCAAAAGAAAAAG